AUGACUACGUUUUCGACUGGACGAUGCUCAAACAAAAAUCUCAGUGCAAAGCUGUUGAAAAGAAGCGUGAAAAAGCCAAGACAGAAGAAGGAUUCGAACAGCCUUCAGCUCAAAAGUGAUCAAGAAACAAUACCUAACGAAAUAAAGAACGAACACAAGGAACGAUUAAUUCCCUGCUUUUCUCCCAACCUAUUUCAAUGUUACGCAUCGGCUCCCGGUUCUCUAUUCCUCUGUUCUUUAUCCAUAUUGAAAUCCGUUUUUCAGAAAAAAAUAAACACCAAUUUCCGUCCAGUUUUUGUUAUAAAUUCUAUCUAA